GUUUACGGCACGUCAGUGAAGAUUAAAAGAUGGCUGCCGAUACGGGACAAAAUUCAGCGAAACGACGCUCAAAAAACUCCCAUGGCAGCAAAACCAAACGACAGAAGGUAACCAAGGGUUACAAACAGUCGCACAGUAUAGGAUCACGUACAAGCAAAGUUGUUACUUACAGUGAAACAAUUCCAAUCUAUCAGUCUGUUCUGGCAAUUUAUCUGGAAAAUAAAAAAAAGAAGGGAGGUAAUGCUGUAACUUCAACCUCUCCAUCUUCUAAGGGAUCUUUGCCGUCGCCUUCGAUAGCCAAAAGUUCAGCCCCUUCAACUAGUAAGAUUUCACACCCUUCCUCGUCGAAAGGUUUGGUCAUCAAUCCCAAAAUACACACAAAUAAGGAAACUAUUUCGUUAGCCACGUAUAAUUAUAAUUUUCCGAUACCAGAGAUCCAUCUUAAACGUACUUUAGAUUAUCCAAUGGUGGGUGGGAAAGCAAAGCUACCGAAGCCAUGUGUCUCAACUAAAAUCAAGAAAGACAACUCCGAUGGAAUGAAAAUAAGAAAGAAAGAUGGACAGAAAACAACUACCAGUACUGGUGCAAAGAAAAUAAACAAAAAUUCCCCGAAAACAAAAGACAAGACGACGACGCCUCCUAAACCAAAGAAGGAUGCUGCAGACAAGAAAAACAAAACUGAAAAAGUCAAGGCUCCCAAAAUCAAGAAAGACAACUCUUUCGUUACUCCAUCAAAGGGAGACGAGUCCCAAAAACCAGGAAGUAAAGACUGUAAGCCAAAAUUAUUGAAGAAAGAUAAAUUGAAACUUUUACAAAACACCGUUGGAGAGAAGAGAAAGCAGUCGGAGAAAGUCAAGAAGUCAAAGCCGUCUGAUAACAAGGAUAGUAAACCAAAAUUAACGGCAAACAAGGGAGUUAAGCCAAAAUUAACGGAAAACAUGGGAGAUAAAUGUAAGGCGUCAAAUUUGGAAAACAUCAAUAAGGGAAAAAAACGAAAACUGAAUCAAAAUGAUGAAAAAACAAAAACUAAAACUGAGACGAAGACAAAAGUACGCAAAAUUGAAAAUACAAAAACUGAAAAACAAAUAAAGAAAAAAGAUACAAAAAAGUCUUCCAAAAUUUCGCCAACUCAAAAAAUAAAGCAGAAACAAAAGAAGAUGGCUGAUAAAAAGAAAUUAAAAGCCGAUAUAAUGACUAAUUCUCUACUCGAUAUUUUUUCGUUAGUUCGUAUGAAGCGUGAAGCUAGCUUAAAUGCUUCUGCUCGUGUCAAUAUUAUGUUUGAAAAAUUGCCGACUUCUCCUAAAACCAAAUGUGAACCGACCACAAAUCAUGGAAAGAGUGAACCCAUGAAAGAUAUAAAAUCAAACUCUAUCGCUACUGAAAAGAAAAAUUCCACAAGUGACGGCAAAAAGGACAAAAGUGAAAAGACUAAAAAAAAUGUCGGGAAAGAUGAUGAAAAAAAGAAAUCUCAAAAAGACACAAAAUCGAAAUCUGCAAAAGAUAAAAACACAAAUAAGGAGAUUAAAAAGGUGAAAGAUAACUCAAACGCGAAGAAAAAGGAGAAAGCAGUUGUGCCGAUUCAGGGAUGUGUUCGUAGAAUCGCUAGUUUAAAUGCUCAAGCAAUAAUGGCCGCCACUAAGGAGUUCGAAGCGGAGCCAUCAGAGCGAGCAGCAAGGAUUGAUCGUUAUUGUGUGUCAUGGCAGUGUGAACCGUUAGCAACUAAAGUGUCGUCUGCCGCCCACUGGGUCGAUGGUUUAGGCAAGACGUGUUGCGUUACACAGACAAGUACUUGUUUUACAACGGCAACAAAAUCAGAUUCCAUCUCGGAGGAAUCAAAACUGCCCGCCAUUACCCUGCCAGAAAGUGAGAUUAUUGAAGAGAGACCUGCUAGUGUGGUUGACGUUACGACCCAUGUGGCGUCGAAUCCCUUCUUACAACCUCCAACACAAUGUAUGGGGUCGUUCUUCUCUCAGAGUCAUUCAUGCAUACCACCAUGUUCUGUCUGCUGUAACUCCAUAUCAUCGUCACAAUUCAAAUCAUUUCAACUUGGACCCCUCAAUAGUCUUAGUAGUUUACAGAUGAUGACAUACGGUCACCCAGGACAUCCUUAUAGAAGUGCUUUCUCUGUUCCAUAUAAUCAUACCGGUAUGGCAGUUCCUCAUUAUGGUUACUAUGGCAAUAGUUAUUAUCAACCAACCACAGGUCCCGUUCUUCAACCCGAUCCAUGUAUCGUCUCCCACCACGUUCCUAUCCAAGUUCCACAGGCACAGGUCAAAGUCUUAGUACACAAUCCCGAUUCAAGCCACGAUCAUUGUGCCUUCACGAACUCCACAGUUAAAGGCAGCAAAGAUGACGACCUUGCUCAAGAACCAGUACCCAAACGUCGAUGUUCGUCAGAGACAAAGAAUAAAACCAGCGAAAAACAAAAACUGGAUCAAUUAAAACUCAAACGUAAAUACGAACGGAAGAGGAGUAAAAGCCCAAGUAAAGAAGAACCAGAGAAGAAAAUAGUAAAAACGGUGAAAGUCCCGGAGAAGUUGAUCAUUCCUGCUCAUGGCUGGUCUCAGUGCGGCCAACCAGAAUUGAAAAAAAUACCCAAUGUUGUGGAAGGACCGGUGAGAGAACGUAAAUGUUUCCCUGCCAUGAAACAUAUUGAUGGAGAUAUUAUAAAUAUACGAGACUGUGUUUUACUACGAUCGGGGCCUCGUAAAAAAGAUAUUCCAUUUGUAGCUAAAGUUAGUGCAUUGUGGGAAAACCCUGAAGAUGGUGAAUUGAUGAUGUCAUUACUGUGGUAUUAUCGACCAGAACAUACGGAAGCUGGUCGAAAACCAGGCCAGUUAGAUAACGAGUUAUUCGCAUGUAAACAUCGUGAUGAGAACAGUUUAGCUUGUAUAGAUGAUAAAGGCUAUGUACUUACAUAUAAUGAAUAUUGCAGAUACAAAGCUGAACAACGUAGAAUUGAAUCAAACUUGCCUCCACGACAAAAUGUAGUGCCAAAAUUAGAGGAAAACUCGACCAAGAGGCAGCGUAUGCCUCCACCAGACGUCAAUCCAGAUAAUGUCUUUAUAUGUCGGCAAGUUUAUGAUUUUAGACAACAUCGAAUAUUAAAGAAUCCAUCUUAAUAAUACAUUCAACAGACUCUGUGAUUGGUUGAAAUAUUUCUCAACUAGGACGAACAUGUUAUAUAAUAGUUUCUGUGAAAUUCAGAUCAACAAAAGAAUAUCGCUCAAAUUUAUUGAAGAACAUUUGGGAUUUAUUUGGUAUUUGAGAUUGUUAAACUAGUUAUAUUAUGUGAUCACGGAACAAAUUGUGUUUAAAAACGAAAUUAUUAGUUUUUGAAGAAACAUUAAUUGAGGAAUGUGUGUUACUAAGGUUGUUUUUGAAGAAACAUUAAGUGAGGACUGUGAGUUAAUAAAGUAGCUUUUGAAGGAACUUUAAGUGAGGAAUGUGAGUUAAUAAGGUAGUUUUUGAAGGAACAUCAAGUGAGGAAUGUGAGUUAAUAAGGUAGUUUAUGAAGAAACAUUAUGUGAAGAAUGUGAGUUACUAAGGUAGUUUGUAUAUAAGGUAGAGAAUAUCCUUUACAAGAUCGUGGACGAGUAUAUUGCCCAAGAUUUGAUAGCUGCUGGAUGUAUACAGGAGGAUGCCAUUUUGGAUAGUAGUCUGAGAUACCCAGACGGUUGUAUAGUUGAACAAAGGGUCUGAUUGAUCAUGACUAAUAUUGAGAAUAUUUUCAUGAUCUUAUCUGAUUGGUGUAUACUAUUCAUUACCCAGAAUACAUCAGCUUUAUCUAUUACGAGAAAUAACAUGAACAAAACAAAACGACAAUCACAGAAAAAUAUCAAACUUCUCAGAACAGAGAAUUACAAGAAGAAAGAAAGAGAAAUUCCGAACAUUUUGUAGAAAUAACAUGAGGAUGUGAAACAAGAUUUGUUUAAUGUUGGGGACGUUUAUGAUUAGAUAAAAUCUAUAUGAACAGAUUUCUGUUAAUUUAUAGAAAAAAACCUGAUUUAUAGAAAAUAUCUCUAUUAACCUAUAAUAUCAUCUUCACAGUAUUUUAUCAUAUAUUGCAUUAUAAACAUAGUAUUAUUAUUAUUAUUAUUAUUAUUAGUUUCAUUCAAACUAUAUAUAAUCUCAAUACAAAUCAUAUAAUUCACCAUGCACAUGCAUUAACACAUGCAUAUACACAUGCACCAUACCCCAUGCACAUUACACAUUGUAUGAAUGAUAGAUAGUAUGAAUGAAUGAAAUACCUAGAUGAAAGAUAGUAUGAAUGAAUGAAAUACCUGGAUUAGUUUUGUUACAGGUAUGUUACAGAAAUAUUCAAACUAUUUGAUGUUCAUAUUGUUUUAGUGGUUUUUCAAAACAAGAAGUUGAUUAUGGGCAAUCGCCUGUCCAACCUCGUGCGUUUUCUCCGUGUCCUCCGGUUUCCUCCCACUGCUAACUGAAUUUCAUCAAGUUUGUUGUUCCUUUACAUCCCUGUAUGUUGUUGUAUUUUUUUAUGAAUGUGUAAAAUGUUUAUCUGCGUAAUUUAUUGUAGAGAUAUUCGAGUAACCUACAAAAGGGUAUAAACCUAUAUCGUUCGUAUACCACAUUUAUUUAUAGUAACAAUAUAUAUAUUAUAUACCUAUAUAUGCUAUAAUUGUUAUUGUAUAUUUAUAUUGUAAAUAAAAACAAAAUAUAUUCAACUAACAUUAAAACCAGACUCAAGGUGAUCUCAUUCCACAUUUGAGUGUGAUCUGUGAGUUUAUUAAAGUGGACUUCAAUGUGGGGUUUUAUUUAUAAUCUACAGAAACCCUGUUUGAAUUAUGACUGUAAAAGCUGAGUAAAAACUUGCUUUUAGAUAUUGAUUAAGAUAUUGAUUAAGAUAUUGAUUAAGAUAUU